CUCUUUUCCCUUACCUUUGUCCGUCGUAUCUUUUUAUCAACUUCCUCCUCCUCCGGCGCCUCCACGUCUGCAUCCUUUACCAUCCCCCUCUCUCCGCAUAUUCUCUUACUGCACCCCCUCGCACCGGCAUGCCGACUUCACGCCAGCUUGCUGCACUCCCUAAUCCCCUCAAAAAACCAACUUUCCAGCGCUAUGACUACCAGACGUUCCAGGUCAACUCCAAGACAUUCGAAAUACGCGCAGUUGCUGGAAACGCCGCGACGAGGGGAAGGUCUUUCGUCAUGUGGAGCGACAUCAAGGAUGUCAUUCCGAACGCCUCUUGUCUCCACUGCGGGAGACGUAUAGUCAGCUUCAUGAUUGACGACAACGGCAACAGGCUACAGCCCCUCCGUAUCGAAUAUCAAGAGAACACUGUCAUCCAGGUCAUUGAAAACCGUUUCUCCACUCUCUCUUUCGCCUCAAGCUCAUCGCUAUCACAUUCACGCGCCAUCUCUUCGUUCAACGACGACCAGCGAUCCGUCUCUAUAUAUUCCAAUAGUUCUUAUGGUGACCCGUACGCCUUCUCCCAGCCAGAGGUCAUGGGACAAAUUCCCUCUGUCCAGCGACUAGGUGAUCAUUACGAAGGAUAUAGCUCCCCUACACAAUUGGAAACCACUGGACAGAUUUCCGCUGUUCAACGGAAAGCAGAGCACCGUUUUUCUCUGAUGCCAGUGGAGUAUCUGUCCGCCGAAGGCAAAAUUCAGCUGCGGACGGCCCUCAUCCUUUACGAAUCCUUUGUUUGGUCCACUUGCGACGGUGAAACUCGACAGGCCGACAUUUCCCGAAAUUACUUUGACGAACAAUUUUCCAAACUGGAAGCAGAGAUGUCCAAUCAUCAAGAACUGCAGCGGCAGAUGCGGGAGCUACAGCAGUCCAUGUUUGGAAUACAGCAGGAAGUCAUGGAGAGGCUGGCAGUAAUUCAGAACAAAGUGCAUACAAUUCUUUUCAACGACUAUGACACGCGCACCACACCUCGAUUGUUCAUCGUCCUGCCCAAGGAGGGUCUCGAGUGGAAGGCCGACGAUCUAUCUCAGGAAGAUUUCCGACUCUAUUUCUUAUGUGAGUGCGGGGGCCACACCCAAUCGAGCCAAGGCAGCAAUAUCCCGCAUCAUAUCCAUACGGCAAAGCAUGGCGGAUACGAUAUUGAGAGUCCUCUACAAUUCUUUCAGCAAUACGGCUCCCAUAUCUUGAGUCUUCUGCAAAUGCUCAAGUACGGCACCUCGGCUAAUGGAUUCACCGUCCAAGCCUUGGUACCCGCAAACAUCGCAAGGCAAUCCAACAAGAACAGCAUGGUCAACGACACCCCACUGCGCAUGCUAGAGCCCAGCAUCAACAGUGCCAUCGAGUACCUAAUGUACCUACCAUCCACUUCACAACAAUCAGCACCUACAAGACGAAUAGCACUACGCAGCAAAUGUGACAGGUUGGGUACAUUAGAAGGCGUGGAUUUGGGGAAACUGGAGUCGUAUCUCAAACACAAGGACCCUCACAAGGAUCCUCACAAGGCACUAGGAAAUCUAUACAGGAUCGUGACGAGCGAUGGGCACUUCAGAUGGGUCUGCUUGGAUCACUACAGGGAGGUAAUCGGCAUCACUGCCAUCCAGGAGCUGAAAGAGAGUGUCGCCAUCCACCAGGGUACUUUCCGAGAAUCUCUUUCUCGCGUUGUAGUCGAGCUGUCCACCAACACGGCGGCGUCUCAGUUCUACAAAUUUAUGGAGCACGCCAGGUUUAUUCAGGAGCUCAAGAUCCGCUUCAAGUGGGAUGUGUCUACAAACGACCUAAAAGCCCUUCAGAACGCCAUCCAAAAAUCUACCAUCAUAAGAUUGGAACUGGCAUGCACUUCAACGAGCGGUGCGUCGACUGAUAUUCUGCGUCGAAACAAGAGGGCGGACCCACUCUGGCAGAUGAUCGCGAACUCAAAGCUCCAGGAAUUUAUUCUGAGCGACUUUACAGGAUUCUUCUCUCGUGCCAGUAUAUCCAUCAAGAAAUGCAACCUCCGGACCUUCAAGACGACAGAUCGGGUGGAAUGGAAAAAAGAAAGUGCCAGGGUGUUGGCAUUUAUCGAAGCGUGUCCUCACUUGAAAGACUUACGUAUUGGUUGCACUGAGCUAGACGCUCCGUAUGCUGCCAUCAAGGGCAUCAACUACGAUUCUUGCACUCUGGAACAUCUCACACUGGAGUCUGGUAUUUCGGAUGCCCUUCUAGCGCACUUUGACGGCGGUCUACCCGCGGCCAUGGACCUCGUCAUUUCGAACAUGAAUAGUUCCCUUCUGCAGGAAACGCGAGUCCUCCAGGCGCUUCACCUUCGUGCGAGCCAUCUUCAACUGAAAGCUAAGAUGAAUCCUCAGCUCAUCAGAGGAAUCAUAUCUAGAAACCCAGAGUUGACUAAAUUGGUGCUCAAUUGCGAAGUCGAGGCCUUUUUGCGGACACACAUCACCGUCAAGGAGGCACUCGUCGAUCACGAUUCUCACAAGCUACGGACACUCAAGCUGUAUUCGAAGGGCAACAGGCUUUCGAUACAAGACCUGCACGACGAGAACUCUGUGGAGCUGGAGCUGAUGUCCUUGAACGUACCUCCCGAUGCCUUGGACCUAGUGAUGAGGGUUUACGGCAACCGACUGACAAAACUUAGACUGGACGGUGACAAUCUAAGGCGACUCUUCGACUUGGCGUUCUCGGGGGGAGCCAUGAAACUGAAGCACGUCGAAAUCACGGGCUCCUCCCUUACCGUCGACAUGCUGUACGAUUUGCGGCUGAUUCUGCGGCGGUCCGGGACAACUCUGAAGCACUUUACGAUCAUGGUGGACAAGUUGUGGCAGGCGACAGAGCAGAAAAGCGAGCUGGCGAGCUUUAUAGCGGACUUUGGUCCGCUAUGGACCAGGGUCACCUUGACGAUGAAUGUUGCGAGGUCAUGGCUGAAGGAAAUUGAGCAGCGUGGAUUUGUUGUGCCCGAGGAGAUCGUGGAUAGGAUCCCAGCAAAUGACGGCGGUAUGCUGCAUGCGUUCGACGUGAACGAAGUUAAAAUCUAUUAAAUUACAUAACGGUCCCAUUGUCGGCAAAAAAAAAGGUGGGUUAACAGGGUGAGAUAAGACGAAUAGAGCGGUGAACGGUAAGGGUGACAUUCAAAGGGCUGAUUGGAGCGAACGCGACAAGCUACCUUUGUCCCCAAAAUGUUUGCACAGAAACAUAUACGAAAAUUCGCUCCUGUAGAUGAAGGUGGGUAAAAUGAGGAUGGGAGGAAGCUACGCAAAAUGUUUGUGCAGGGAUAUACGCUCCUGAAGGUGGAGGUGGGGGAAGGGUCAGGGUGGAGCCUUGGUUCCGAGGAAUAAAAUUCUGGGCAUCCUUCAGGGCGCAGCAAAAACGCGUCAUUUGUGU